UUCAGUCGUCAUACUUCGCAGAGCCUGACCACGGUUUGUCGGUCUUUCCCGAAAAAAAUUGGAAACAAUACCUACCGAGCGUCAUCGACAAACGGGAUAAAACUAAUGUUUUCUUUGAAAACAAAUAAUUGAUCGUAUCGAUUGUUGAAUAUCUCACACGGGAUUUUUUGGAAAAAAAAAUCAUGAUUUACAAAACUGAGUAUAAAUCUUCGGUUUAGAGGUUAUGCAGAUUGUACUCGUAUCGAGCUAUAACAUACUCCAUAAAUACAAUUAAUAUUAUAAUUAAAUAUUAUCUCUCGAGUGUUAAAUAUACAAUAAUCGAUCGAGAGAUGGAUCCUCGGUUACAUCGGAGAUCGGAUAUGGAAGAUGAUGAACCGAUAACCGAUGAAACUUCCAAUUUCACAACUGUCAAUUCCGUUUCGCCAAACUCUCAAAUAGUGGAAUGGAUCAACGAAUGCUCCGUCAAUCCCAUCGAAGCGAUAAAGCUUACAAAUCUUGCAAAGAUUCAAGAAGUCCUAGUGAACAAAGAAACACAUUUGUUGGGCGAACUCCUUGGAGAAGUGCUACAAUUUUCAUUGGACAGAAGUGCAGAAGUCAGGAAAUUUAUAACUGGUUUUAUCGAAGACACCGGAGUCAAGCAGCCGGAAACAAUACCAGGAAUGGUACAGACCCUUUCGAGAUUAGUAGCGGAUGAUGCUCCUGUUGUAGCAAAAAGGGCUUUGAGAGCAAGCGGCAGAAUAAUAAGAUCAGCUUUAAAAUGGAUAGCCAGUGUUCCUCUAGUAACUACAGAGAUGGAAACAUCAUGGACGCAACUUAGCAAUCUCAAAGUACAAAUAAUAAACAUGAUAGACAGCGAUAAUGAUGGCAUACGAACGCAGGCUGUCAAAUUUUUGGAAGGUGUUGUUCUCCUUCAAACUUAUCCGGAUGCUGACACACCCAAAAAACCUGAUGAUUUUUCUCUCGAGGAUGUUCCGCUCACCCUGAAAAUAGCAAGACGUAGAAAACUCGAGGAAGAGGCUAAUCACGUUAUGAAUUUGUUGGUCAAAUUUCACGGUUCGCCUCACGUGAGCAGUCUCAAUUUGAUGACUUGUAUGGGAUCGUUGGCGCUAAUCGCUAAAAUGAGACCGCAGUUUAUGCCGUCUGUCAUUCAAGCUCUUCAAAAACUACAAAAUGAUUUGCCACCAACCUUGUCCGAUUCUCAAGUGACAAGCGUCCAAAAGCAUUUAAAAUUGACGCUACUGGGUUUGAUGAAACAUCCAGCAAGCAUAGAAUUUGCCUCGUCGAUAGCAAAACAAUUGACUCAACUUGGAGCCAAAGAACAAGAUAUUCUCAAGGCUUAUCCGAAACCCGAGGAUAUUCGUCGCUUGAAGAAACGUCAGCAGGAACAGGCUGCUGCAACUGCUGCGAAAAGAGCGAAACUCGAGACCAUCGUUCCUGUCGAAGAUCCCGAGCCUUUGCCGACUCCGGUUCCUCCACCAAAACCUCCGGAAUUGAUCGAACUCUCGGAGAAUUUCAUUGCAGAAAGAUUAAGUGUUGAGAUCGCCUCCGAGCUCGUUAUGGAUAGUAUGGCCUGGGUUCCGGAUACAAUGACUUCGAUAUUCGCUCGUGAAUAUCAGCCAACCGCAACAGCGGAUAUAAACGUGCAACGCCAGAUCAUAAGUAAAUUAUUAGCGGCACAAAUAAAACAAGCGAAAGCGAAAAAAACGAAAAAAGACGCGAAAGAGGACGACGCUUUGAUGGAGGAUUUGAUACAAAAUCCAAGUAUCACAGUGGCGGAGGCGAAGCGAGAACGAAAACGUGAGAAAGAUCGUGAAAAGGAGAAGGAGGCCAAGGCUUCAUUAGAGGCACACGAGAAAUCAUUGGUGAAGGCGAGAAAUCGUUUGAAAGCGUUGAAAUUAUCGGAAAUAACAAAGCCGUUGGCCCGUGAGACAAAAGAGAAAAUGUUGUUGAUGGCGGUAAAUAGGAUACUUCGAGCUGAAAAAAGCGCAGUUUACGGUGGAGUCGCGAUGGUGAGAUCAAAAAUUUUAACGACACUCGCGGCAACAUUCAACCCCUACAUCAAAGAAGCCGUAUUGCGUUAUAUCACGGAUGACAUGAGAACCCGUUUGGAUUUAGCUAUGGGUUGGUUGUACGAAGAAUACGCUUUGCUUCAAGGUUUUCAAAGAAGAACAACACUCUGCAAGAAACCUCGUGAAGCUCCCCAUCAAGCAUAUAAUUUUUUACUUUGCACUCUUGUCUCGGCGAUUGAUCUGAUCCAGGGUAAGGAUCGUGAUCCUCUUUUGUCACGACUUUAUCUCGAAGCUCCGCUCAUCACGGAGGAUGCGGUAGAAGCCUUGAAGGCUUUGUCAUCCGAUGAUGUUCGCGGUUUUGCUCCGCUGCAACUUCUCAGAGAAAUGGUCGUGCGAAGGCCUACAAAACAAUUGAUUUUUUUGAAUGUUUUGCUUUGUCACACCGGACACGAGAUCGCUGCGAUAAGGGAGGCUGCGAUUGAGCUCGUUGUUCAACUUUAUGCCCGUAACGAUCUUAGUAAACUCAUUGAAGAAUACGCUGUUCUUUAUUUGGGAUUCUUGAGACAGCCGAAACCACCAGAAAUCGUGUUUGGUCAGGACCGUGGACGGCCGCAGGUCGAGGAGGUCUGGAGUGAAUCGACGACCCGGGCUUGCUUGGGAUUGUAUUUGGCUCUAUUACCCGAACAUCAGGAUCUUAUUCACGAAUUGGCUAGAGUUUACACUUCCAUGGGUGCUGAUGUGAAACGAAUCGUUCUCAGGCUCGUCGAAGCUCCGGUCAGAUCUCUAGGCAUGGCCAGCCCCCAAUUGCUCGCCCUCGUCGAGAAUUGUCCCAAAGGUGCCGAAACACUCGUCACCAGGAUCAUUCAUAUUCUCACUGACAAAUCGCCUCCGAGUGCCGAAUUGGUCUCCAGAGUUCGAGAACUCUAUCAAACUCGCGUUUCCGACGUUAGAUUCCUUAUUCCUGUACUGAAUGGCUUAACCAAGAAAGAGGUCACUGCUGCUCUACCCAAACUCAUCAAACUCAAUCCCAUAGUCGUUAAGGAGGUGUUCAAUCGGUUACUCGGUAAUCAUAACAACGAGGCGAAUGUUGGCCCUCAUACUUCGCCGCUCACUCCUGCUGAGCUGCUCAUAGCUCUUCAUAACAUUGACUCGACCAAAGCUGAAUUGAAGACUGUUAUCAAAGCAACGUCUCUUUGUUUUGCCGACAAACAUGCAUUUACACAAGAAACUUUGGCGGUUGUGAUGCAGCAUUUGAUGGAUUUGACGCCGUUGCCAACGUUAUUUAUGCGAACCGUUAUACAGAGUUUAGCCCUUUAUCCGCGUCUGAGUGGUUUCGUUAUGAAUAUACUGCAACGUUUGAUUCUCAAGCAGGUGUGGAAACAACCAAAAGUUUGGGAGGGUUUCGUCAAGUGUUGCGAACGAACGCAACCGCAAAGUUUUCAGGUGAUACUUCAAUUACCGACAACCCAAUUAGCAGAUGCCUUGAAAAUGGCUCCAGGUUUGAAAGCACCGUUGUUGGCGCAUAUCGAUUCAUUCGCUGAAAAUCAAAAGGCUCACAUUUCCCAAUCAAUAAUGGACGUGAUUCAAGGAAAACUUCCGAUCGACAUGCACGACGAUUUUGAUAUUGCCCCAGCCGGCGAUUAUCCUUUGGAAACAAAGAUGGAAACAAUGGACGCCGAAAUUGCGGAGCCUGCCCCGCCAGGUUUAGAUUGAAAGGAAACCAAGUGACGAAAAAAGUCAAAUUGGCUCCACUACUUCGUAUUUUUCUAUUGUUUCGCUUAUGAACCUAUGGGACGAUUAACAAAUUUACGAAACAAAACCGAAAAUGGAUUCGUCAAUGGUUUUUGGACACGCGGACAAGACGACUCAAAUCUCUGGUUUAUUAUUUUUUAUCCUCCGACACUAUUGCCCUAACCUUCGAAAUAACUUAUUCGAAGAAUUCUCGAAGAUUACAACACACGAAAACUUGAAAAAAAAUAUAUAGAUAUGUAUAUAUAUACAUUUAUAUUCGUGACUUUGAUAUUCGUAUCGAAUACCGAACCUAGGAACAGCCCGUAAUCAACCGAAAUCGACUCCGGUGUCUAAAAGAUCUCUCAGCAUGAACGAAGCCUUCUUUGGAAGUAUUCUAAAAAAAUUUAUAAUAGGAAUAAAUUACUCAAAAUAUAGGAAUUGGGAUGCGUG